UAGUGCGCAGCUCGGCAUGUCGCGGCCCCGGCCGGCGUUAAGCUGCGCCGGUGGCUGGGCUCUCCCGGAGUCUCCGGUUUGCGGACACCAUCCGGAGCUCUGACGCUGCCAGGAUCAUAACGGUGCUGCGGCAGCCCCAGAGCCCGCUUAUCGGCCGUGCAGCAAUAGCGCCCUGCAGCCGACGCCUGUGCCUACAUAAGAGUCGCACCCGCUGCCUCUAAUCGCGGUCAGCUCCCUACAGUUUAACAGCCAUUUUCCCGGUGUGGGCUCGGCCACUGUUUCAGACACGAUACUAGGGUCUUAGGUGAAUCCUCGUGUCUGGUGUAGCAGUUCCUGCGUUUUAACGAGGUCCUGAAGCGGAGUGCAGAAAGCGGUGAGAGAGGCUGGUGGAGAGAGACCGAGCAAAGGCUGUUCCCCUGAAGUUCCUGCAACUUCUGCUGUCCGAGAACCUUGGGGCAUCUGGAAGGCGGGCACCUGAGAGACAGUCAUUUCAGUUAGACUCCAGUUGAACAUCUAAGUUUCAGUUUCCAUAAUGUAGUUACAGCAUGGGAAAAUAGUGAAAUCAGUGCAAUGCUUUUGGAGGGUGUGGAAAUGGCUUCUGUUACGUUUUGGCAAACAUGAGCUGACAGGCCACAAAGUGGCAGUGAAGAUAUUAAAUCGACAGAAGAUUCGUAGCCUUGAUGUAGUAGGAAAAAUCCGCAGAGAGAUUCAGAACCUCAAGCUUUUUAGACAUCCACAUAUAAUUAAACUGUACCAAGUCAUCAGUACACCAUCUGACAUUUUCAUGGUGAUGGAAUACGUUUCUGGAGGGGAACUGUUUGAUUAUAUCUGUAAAAAUGGAAGGCUUGAUGAGAAGGAAAGUAGACGUUUAUUCCAGCAAAUCCUUUCUGGUGUGGAUUACUGUCACAGGCAUAUGGUUGUACAUAGAGACUUGAAACCUGAAAAUGUACUGCUUGAUGCACACAUGAAUGCCAAGAUAGCUGAUUUUGGUCUUUCAAAUAUGAUGUCAGAUGGAGAGUUUUUAAGAACAAGCUGUGGUUCCCCUAACUAUGCUGCACCAGAAGUAAUUUCAGGAAGAUUAUAUGCAGGUCCAGAAGUAGAUAUUUGGAGCAGUGGGGUUAUUCUCUAUGCCUUGUUAUGUGGAACCCUUCCAUUUGAUGAUGAUCAUGUGCCAACGCUUUUUAAGAAGAUAUGUGAUGGUAUAUUUUAUACCCCUCAAUAUCUGAAUCCAUCUGUGAUUAGCCUUCUGAAGCACAUGCUGCAGGUGGAUCCCAUGAAGAGAGCUACAGUCAGAGACAUUAGGGAGCAUGAGUGGUUCAAGCAGGACCUCCCCAAGUAUCUCUUUCCUGAAGAUCCAUCAUAUAGCUCAACUAUGAUUGAUGAUGAAGCCUUAAAAGAGGUGUGUGAGAAGUUUGAAUGUACAGAAGAGGAGGUGCUAAACUGUUUAUAUAGCCGAAAUCAUCAAGACCCCUUAGCAGUUGCCUAUCAUCUUAUUAUAGAUAACAGAAGAAUUAUGAAUGAGGCCAAAGACUUCUAUCUGGCAACAAGCCCACCAGAUUCUUUUCUUGAUGAUCACCAUUUGUCUCGCCCUCAUCCUGAAAGAGUGCCAUUUUUAGUAGCUGAAGUACCUCGGCCACGCCACACACUUGAUGAGCUCAAUCCACAAAAGUCAAAACACCAAGGUGUAAGAAGAGCUAAGUGGCACUUAGGAAUUCGGAGUCAAAGUCGCCCAAAUGACAUCAUGGCAGAAGUUUGUCGAGCAAUUAAACAACUGGAUUAUGAAUGGAAGGUUGUAAAUUCAUACUAUUUGCGUGUUCGAAGGAAGAAUCCAGUGACUAGUACAUAUUCUAAAAUGAGUUUACAAUUAUACCAGGUGGACAGUAGGACAUACUUACUGGACUUCCGUAGCAUUGAUGAUGAAAUUAUUGAAGCAAAAUCUGGAACUACCACGCCCCAGAGGUCAGGUUCUGUGAGCAACUAUAGAUCUUGUCAGAAGGAGACUGAUGGUGAUGCACAAGGAAAAUCUGCAGAUAUGUCUCUUACCUCAUCAGUGACAUCUUCACUUGACUCUUCUUCAGCUGAUUUAACCCCAAGACCAGGGAGUCACACCAUAGAAUUUUUUGAGAUGUGUGCAAAUCUUAUUAAAAUACUUGCACAAUAAUUUUAAAGAUUGGCUUAUUUCUUUUAUAGCAAUAAGCAUGCCUAAAUCAUAGUCAAAUGCUUCCAAUUAUAAUCAAGUUACAAUUAACAAAGGCGCUGAAGACUAGCCACAUAAUGCAGUUUGCACAGGGAUUGAAACAUGAUUAAAAGCAGUUAGACCUCUAAUACAUUGAAGCUAAAGGGAGUUACGAUUACAUCCACUACUCAGUAGUAUAAUACAGGUACAAUAAAUUACAGGCCUUUUGGGAAGUUCUCAAGGUUUUACACUGAGUGCACAUUAGGCUUCAUAGAACAUUACUGUUAACCAUAAAGACCUUUUUCUGUGUCUUUAUGCUGGUGAUAAUUUUGUUGCAGUGUAGAUGAGUGUUCGCUGCUAGCCCAGUGGGCUAUGAAGGUAACUUGUUGGGCACACUCUGAAGUUGUGCCCCAUUUCAGUAUACUAUUCAGUUGUCUAUUACCAGGAACGCAUUCAAGCUGCUGUAGUGUUCAUCCCACUUAAAAUUGGCAGUAAAUAGGCAAGUUGGGUGAAUAUUUUAAGCAAAAAUCAUAACUUUUUAAUAACUUUGAUAGAUUUUGAUUGUGUAUAUGUUGGAGAGUAAAAACUUAAUUUUUCAUGCAUUUGAAUACUCUGUAAGCACUAAAGAUGAAAUCCUGUGGUCUGAAAUAGAUCCAUGAAUCUUGUCCCUUGCCACAAGAUUUUGAGAAGGCUCAUGCAGAGGAGAUUCUUCUGUGUCUAUGCACCAUGUAACAAUGUUCCACAAGAGGGAAAGGCUUUCAGUGGGUUCAUGAACUGUACAGAUUCACUAGCCCGUCUUAGAGUAGCAGCAGUGGAGCAGCUCCUUGCAUGCUGCUAAGGGGGUUAGGAUUCUGUUCCUUAGGCCUGUGAGUGUGCUUUUUCCAGAAUCUUACACUGAGUUUAUUCUCAAACAAUCAGUGUUCUUGAUAUCCUAUGCUGGGUCAGCUAUAGGAAUGUAUAGAACUCCUUUUGCAGUUGGAGCUAUUUAUCUAGAAUAGGAUGCCCAAGUCAUUUUUAUAGCACAUCUUGCUGUUUUUAAUUAAACGAUUCUAAAAUUAACAAACUAAUUGAUCAAUCAAUGCUAAUAAAAGCACAUCAACUUGAGUGUUAAUAUUCCAGUGAAUUUAACAAUCACAGAUAUUGACAAAAUUGGCAUGAAUAGGUUAAUGCUUCUAAGCUUACCAGGCCUGCUCCAGUUUUUAAUAAAUUUGAUUUAAAAAAAUGGAGUAUUAGAGAAAUCAUAGCACAAACACAUUAUGAAAAUACUUUAAAUGUUUAUCUAUUUGUAGUGAGUUCAGUUUUUCAAGGAUUCAUCCACAGUGAACUGCUAAAGACAUGCAUAGUAAGAAUUGUUUAUCAUUGUAUGUAGUACUACAGUAAUCUGAGUUAUCUAACUUUAGAAGUUCAUAAGUGUUUCUAAUAUGCACUGAGUUUGAAGAAACCCGCAGCUGCUUAAGCCCCAAGAUCUGCUGUGUCCUAACGUUAUGAAUUUGGGAGUUGCAUGGUCUAUCCCAGUAACUGGGUGCAAGUUUCAACUUCAGCUCUCCCACUCUUCAGAGGUGUCACACAUGGUCCCUACAAGGCAGGAUUACACUACUGUAUUUCAAAAUGUAAGGCUGUAUUUUUGUUUAAGGAUGAUGCUCUGGGUUUAUACUGCUGACAAAAUGUAAAUGUUAGCAUGGGGGACCAAUCACAAAUUCAGCUUUUUAAAAUAUAUUAGUCUUGACAAAAUAAUUCUGAUACAUCUGUUCAAUAAGUUAUUGUGAUCCCUUUUGUCUAUACUGUUUUAUUUUUGAAAUGGUUAAACAUUGCACUUGUACAAAUAGCAUAAUAAAUGCACAGAUUUUUAUUGCAGUAUUUCCUCUUUGGGAACACUUAAACUGUCUCAUUAUAUGUGUUAAAUUAAGUCCUUACAACCAGUAUCUGUUUUGGUUUGCAAAUACUUUGUAAUGCUGAACACACACAAAAUGUCAAAGUGCAUACAGUUUUCAAUUUUUUAAUACUUUUCCAGCUCUUGUGCUUUAAGGCAGCCAUGUUUUUACUUUGUCUUGGUGUAUGAAGUUUAACAUAUAUUUCUGGCAGAAUGCAUAGUUCUAAAUAAAAUACAUUUUAUUGGUAUGCUGAAUCAGUUUUGCUGGCCUAAAGCUUUCUCAUUGGAUUGAUUUUUAUUUUUUUUUUAAAAAAGGGGUAGUGAAGGAAGUAGGACUAUUUACCUAUUUGAUUCCAGCUUCAUUUGUUUCAUUACUUUUUUUUCUUACACUUCAGAUCUUGGUGUUUAACUGUUUUCUUCAUGAGACCUUCCUAUUACUCCUAUAAUGAAGACCAAAAGCUGACCUUUUUAAAAAAGGCUAUUAAAAAAAAUUGUUUCACUGCAAAAUAUAGUGGGACUGUUACAGAGUUCUUACUGUACUACAUCUUUAAUACUUUCAAAGGGAAUACUGAAAACGGCUUUUUAGAUUUUUCCCCAACCUUGCUCUACAUGGAAAAGCCCCUUGUAUUCUUGCAUUUUUAUUGUAAUUGUUCAUAAGGCAUGGAUAAAUCUAUUUGUCCACAGAUAAUGUAACUUACACUGGUAAGGUGGUAAAAAGUCCAUCUUUGUGGUGCAAUAUUUCAGAGACCAUGUUCCUUGUAUGACUUGACAUUGAAAUAAAAUAUUUACUUUGUCAGUUGA